AUGUACGGAGACAUGGGAGUGAAACUGGUUCAACACGCCAAAAGGACUCAGAACCUCGCCCACCUACCGCCAUAUCAAGCCGAGCUCGUUCGUGCAGUGACAAGAGAAGUGAGAGAUCUCGACAAAGACGUCAAAGACCUUCUUGAACCAUUCCAGGGCUCCUUCGACCCGUCCGCAGAUCAAGCCGUUGCUUGCACCCUGCUCGUGAACCACUUGUCAAUGCGACGCAACAAACGCUGUCUGUUGGCAUACCACAGAACACGGACCGACAAGCUGGAAGAGCUUGUGUGGAAUGGGUCAGACGUUGUUGAUCUCUCCGGUCAGCAAGUGCGCGACUCAAGUGCUGCAAACGGCGCUCCGACAGCUGGGGAGGCUUCGACGAGCAGUCUCAGCCCCCAAGAAGAGGAGUACGUGCGGCAAUAUAGCGACUUACUGGCUGCUUAUAAGGGUCAAUGGACGGAUAUCGACUUGACUGGCAGUUUGGAACCGCCGCGGGAUUUGUUCAUCGACGUACGGGUGCUCAAGGACGCUGGUGAGAUCCAGACGGAGUACGGUGCUAUUACAUUGACGAAGAAUAGCCAGUUCUAUGUCCGGCAAGGCGAUGUGGAGCGGUUGAUUGCUCAGGGAUAUCUCCAGAAACUCGGCUGA